UUUAGAAAACGUCUUUAUCGUGACGUGGCUGUAGGAGUGAGAAGAGUCUGGGGGUAGGACGAGUGCUCGUCAUUUCUUGUAGUUUUGCAUUAAAAUCAGUGCAAGUGUAUGAUGGUGACUGACGUGCAGCUGGCAAUCUUUGCCAACAUGCUGGGAGUCUCCCUGUUUCUCCUGGUCGUGCUCUACCACUACGUGUCUGUCAACAAUCCAAAGAAACUGGAGUGAUAGGUGUUGGUGUGAAAGGUUGAAGUUUGGGACCAUAUCUUACUGACUGGUUGUGAGACAAAACUAAGAUUGCCACAAUGGACACUAGAAGUUCCCUAUAUUUCUGUACAUGAGUGUUCAUUAUGGAGGAAAUAUGUUAAUAAAAUGUUGCUUAAUUCAUAAAA